GAAUCGAUUCUACCUGAUCGUUUUUUUUCAUUACAUUUAUACAUUUUUUUAUUGAUUAUUCAAGUGAUUUUUGAUCCGUUUGUCGUUCGCCAGUGUCUCGCGGGACGUUACCGAGGUGAGACCUGUGUCAAAUUAUUGCGCGCGCGCUUCUUUUCUGUUUCGUAAAUAGUAUACGAUAUAAAAUAGAUUGUGAAUUUACUAUUUUGCGUUAUUGUAUUUGUAAGGAUAAAGUUUAUGUGAAUAUUUCUUAUUAGUUAUUGUGUAAAUAUUUUGUAUAGGUACUUACAACUUUUAAGACAGUAUAUUUGUGAUUGUUUUUUAGAAUGGCAAAUAAAAGAAAUAAAAUUAGGUGUAAAUCACAUUUGAAGGCGAAAAGAAUUGCGAAAGAAAUAUGUUCAAAAAUGACUCGAAAUAAAAAAGGUUUAUUUGUUGGAAAAAAAAACAAGGAGGAACAAAAACCGUGUAACGAUACGUCUAGUAAGACUCACGCAUCUUAUAUAACAUUAGAGCCUGUUGAUUUGCAACCCUCUGCGAAUAAGAUAUCGAAAACACCGAAUUAUGAUACUAUACAAGAUGUACUCCUACCAAUGUCUUCGUUAUCUGCGCAAGGACCAAUAGUACAUUCUGAAACUGCUCAAGAAAAUGAUGGAAAUGAAGGCGCAUUCAUAACUGAAAUGUAUAACAAGGAAAGCCAUUUCCAACCCUUAUCAGGACGGCGAAUAAUUGAUAUAAAUUAUUUUUUACAAAAAUUCCAAGAAAAAGCACGCCACAAUGAUCUAUUUGAUUGUAAAUCAAGCAACUUCUGCUUAGUUGGUGAAAGAAGACAUGGACUGAUUUCAAUCUUUAAAUUUGAAUGUAAUAUGUGUAAAGAAAUUUGUUCUAUUUCAUCUGAAAACACCAAAGAUACCGAGCAUGUAGAUGCUAAUAUAGCGGCAACCACUGGAGUUGUAGCCUGUGGUAUAGGUUUUUCUCAGUUUGAAGAGUUAUUUUCAGCAAUAAACAUUCCUAUAUUUUCUACAAAAUUCUUUAACCAAAUGCAAAAUAAACUUUAUAAGAAAUGGGAAGAAACUGCAUGUGAAACAAUGGAAGCCGCUGCCAAUAAAGAAAAAGAAAUUGCUAUAGCAGAUGGCCGGACCAAAAACGGGUAUGCUGUCAUAGAUGUCUAUGUGGAUGGAGCAUGGUGUGCCAGGUCAUAUGGUUCACACUAUAAAGCUUCAUCAGGUGCAGCAGCCAUAAUUGGCAGAAAUACGGGUGAAGUUUUGUACUUCGGUGUCAGAAAUAAAUAUUGCCUCGUAUGUGCCCGAGCCGAAAAUAAAAAAACUGCAUCACAAGACCACUUGUGUUUCAAAAAUUUUCAGGGAUCGUCUAGUUCAAUGGAAGCCGACAUAAUCGUUGAAGGUUUCAAAAGCUCAAUUUCCAUGUAUGGUAUAAUAUAUGGCAGAAUGGUAGGAGAUGGUGAUUCUUCGACCUACUCUAAAAUACUUAUCUCAAAUCCUUAUGAAAGUCAAAAUUUGACGGUUGAAAAAUUAGAGUGCCGCAAUCAUAUAUUGCGCAAUUUUUGCAAAAAGCUAAGAGCAGUCACCACAGAAACUAAAUACAUAUUGGCGCACCGAAAAACCCUCACAAAUCAAAAAAUUAUGACAAUGCGAAAGGCAAUAGUGAAAUCUAUUACACAUCACAAGGCCUCGCAGAGUCCUAAAAAUGUAGCAAUAUCCAUUUUGCACAACGAUAUUAUUAACUCUUUAUCUCAUGCUUAUGGGAAUCAUCAACUAUGUCAAAAUUACUUUUGUGAUAAAGAUAAAAACUGUGGCGGCGAACUGCUAAAGAUUGAAAAUUCCACAUUUAUAUUUAGAAUAAACGCUAUUGUGUCCAACGUGGCUUCAAAGUCACGUAGUUUGAUUGAAGACGUGAACACAAAUACCGUAGAGUGCUUCAACAGCGUUAUAGCAAUACUUACUGGAGGUAAACGUAUAAAUUUUGCUUUAAAAGGGGGCUAUCAAGGAAGAUGCGCGGCAGCCGUUGUUUCAUUUAACACAAAAUCUGCAGUAUCAACAAUACAAAAAGCUAUAACAAGUAACGCUCCCGGAGGUUUAGCUGAAGAAAUUGAGAAGAGACGUGCGAAAAAACGAAAAUUAAACAUGGAACACCCAGUAAAGAAACGUAGAGUUCUAAAAGAUUUAAAUAAAAUGCAACACGACUAUGGUCCAGCUUGUUCAUUGCCCGAUAUGUCGCAAAAAGAAUAUGACAAAUCAAAAGAACAUUUUCUCAAAAAUCUGGAAACACUAACAUCUGAUCGACACAAAGUAGAGAGGUCUACAAUAUUACAAAGAGACAGUAGCGAGUGGCUCGAAAUAAGAAAAAAUAUAAUAAUUGCUUCCAACUUUGGUCCAAUAUGUAAAAGAAAAGACACAUUAGAUACAGCUCCCCUCGUUAAAAACUUAUUGUACAAAAAAAAUUUGGCCCAUCUCACAUCUAUCGCGCAUGGAGUUGAGCAUGAGCAGCAAGCUUUGCUGCAGUUGCAGCAGCAGGAAAAUAUUAUCAUUGAGCCCUGUGGUUUAUUUAUAGAUAAAGAAUACCCUUUUAUUGGGGCAACUCCUGAUGGUUUAAUUGGAGAAGAUACUAUAGUCGAAGUCAAAUGUCCAAUUACAGCACACAAAAAAGGACUUUCUAAUUGUAUACAAGAAAACAAAAUAGAAAUUUUAAAAUAUAAUAUAAAUACUAAAACUGCAACGGUAAAUAAAAACUCAAACUGGUACUAUCAGAUACAAGGCCAGCUACAUGUGUCAGAACGACAACAGUGUCUUUUGGCUAUAUGGGCAGGCGAGAAUGAAAAUGUAUACAUAAAGUUCAUAGAAAAAGAUGAUUUAUUUUGGGAAACUAAAAUGAAACCGAAAUUGAUAAAAUUUUACAUGAAAUGCUUGCUACCCGAAAUCAUAGACAGCAGAAAUGUACGUGGUAUGCCCAUUAGAAACUUAUCCAUGCAAGAUAAUAACGAAAACAUUCCCCCUAAUGAUCAAGAUGAAAACGAAAAUGUUGAUCCUGAUGAAUCACAACCGAGACAAAGCACACGCCAAUUGAAUGUGAACGAUUUUUAAAGUAAACUGAUUAUGUUGGGAACUUCAAACUAUUUCAUACAACUUAGACUGUGAGACGCGAAUAAUCAGGCUUUACGUCCGACUCGAAUUUGAGUCGUAGCCGGGAAGUUCGCGACAAUUUUUGGAGAGUUCUUCUAGUAAGGAUUAGAUGUUUGUCGAAAUUGUAUUUUUCACUAAAACACAUAAUUUCAACACGCCUAUAGCACCUUCCCAAAAUUCAUCGCGAGCUCUUAGACUAGUGGAGACCUCGCACUUG